CCACUUACAGUACAUGCGCAUUUUCGCCAAAGUGCUACUCAGGAUCACAACCGCUCCUUCCCAAGCCCAUGAAUGAGCUAAAUUACCGUUUUCGCACGCCUCACCCCCACCUAGGUGGGUAUUGCUUCGCGAAGAAGGCAGAGCUUGCAGAUAAACCCAUGCGCAGGCUCAGGCCGUCCCUUGUCGCAUUUAAAACCCCCUCAACACCACCCCUGCCCUUGGCGCGUAGGAGUCGCUCAUUCACUCAUCCGCCAUAAAGGCGACGGCAUCCUUGCCUCCUUAGCCGGUUGACUCCCCGCCACGUAUUCACGUGUUCCUGCCUGGAUGUGAACCGCCAGGCUUGCUCCAUGGGGGGAAAUUGCAGCUCCGAAACCGACGACACCAGUCUUCAGGGUGAACAGGAUGCCCCGGACCUCGCGCACAAUACGACCAAGCUGAAUCAGGAUCCUUCCAACCCUCCCCGGCUCCACCCGCCAAUGGCUGACGGCCGCGACAACAGCCGCAGUAUGGGUGGUGGCCAGUAUAACCUUGUCUCUGCUCUUGACGAUGCUGUCGAAGCCCGCUCACAGAAGAGGGAGCAACGGUGCGACAUUGUCCUAGACAACCUGAACUCCCGCAUAUUUCAGGAUGCAAGUGACUAUGGUCGGGAACGGGAAGAGGUUGUUACUCGCGAGAGGGUGUUGGCAUUCGACUACCUUUGCCAGGUCAAGGCAUCGCAACUUGAAAUCCAGGCAAACCAAGUACUCCAAGCAGUGAGGAAACACGACCAGGCAAAUGUCUACGAGAAUGCCCCGACACGGAGGGGUUACGGAGGACAGGAGCAUCCACGCUUCAUGGGCGACCAUUUCCUCUCUAAUGUCGACUUGAUCGAGCAGACAAAGCUAUACCGAGUUGCCCAAGAGAUGCCCAAAGGUGCUCAUCUGCACAUCCACUUUAACGCAAACCUUCUCCCGGAGGUCUUGAUCAACAUUGCCAAGGAGAUGGAUCGCAUGUUCAUCACAAGCGAUAUGCCGCUAGUCCCCGUUGGCGAUGAUGGAAACUCCCCUGGUUACUACGGCAGAUUUGACCAGUGCAGGAUCCAGUUUUCGAUUUUGUCUCCAGAAAGGGAGAAGCCAGGCAAUCUCUUCGACCCCAACUACACAGAAAGGGGAACAAUGAGAUUCCAAGAUUUUUUAAGGGAGUUCGACGCCCACUACAACCAAAAGUCCACCAAAUGUUCGGUGGACGAGUGGCUUCGAAACAAGUUGGUCUUCCACGAGGAAGAAGCCCACAACUUGCUCCAAACGCCGGAAGGUGCUUGGGAGAAGUUCAAUGGGCGUACUCAGAUGAUGAAAGGUCUAUUCAAUUAUGAGAGGGCGUACCGACAGUACAUGCGCCUAUGUCUGCAAGAGUUCGUGGACGAUAAUAUUCAGUACGCUGAGAUCCGGCCCAACUUCAUGGAAACGAAUCAGCUCUGGACAGACGAUGGAGAGAGAAAAACCAGUAAUAGUGGCAUCAUGGAACUUAUCAUUGAGGAGUACACGGGGUUUCAAACCGACCACCCUGGUGUUUUCGGUGGCCUCAAGGUCAUCUAUUGUACCCCUCGCUCCUCCUCAAAAGAGGCCGUUCGGUACUCCCUCAACGAAUGUUUGGCCUUCAAGAAGCGGUGGCCCGAAUGGAUUGCCGGGUACGACGUAAUAGGCGAAGAGAAUAAAGGCCACCCCCUGAAAACCUUCGUUCCGGAGUUCCUAGAGUUCAAGAAGAAGUGCGCGGAUGAAAAUGUCGACAUCCCCUUCCUCUUCCACUGCGGAGAGACACUGGAUAUUGGCUGCGACACCGACGGCAAUCUGGUAGACGCCGUGCUUCUGGGCGCAAAGCGCAUCGCGCACGGCUUUGCACUACCAAGACAUCCAUACAUCCUGGAGCAGAUGAAGAAGCGCAACAUGUGCGUCGAGCUCUGCCCAAUCUCUAACGAGAUCCUCGGCCUUACCCCGAGGGUGGGUGGCCAUGCCAUGUACAGCAUGCUUGCCAACAACCUCCCCUGCACUCUUAGCACGGAUAAUGGCACGCUUUUCAGACUAACACCUGCGUUUAGAUCCCGCCUCUCGCAUGAUUUCUAUCAGACUUUUGUGGGAAAGGCAGACAUGACUCUCCACGGCUGGCGACAGCUUAUCGAGUGGAGUAUCGAGCAUUCUUGCAUGGAGGACCAACUACGGAAGGACAUCUACGCCGAUUGGGAGCGGCGUUGGAAUGAGUUCUGCAGAUGGGUCGUCAAUGAAUACGGCCAUCUCGUCGUGGAAGGCAUGCCGCCGAAACCCUUGGAUUGA